GUCUUCUUCUAAUUCCAACUUUCUUUUACUCUCUCUCUCUCUCUCUCUAGAUUAGUAAACAACUUUUCAACUUUUUAUACUUUCUACUGAAACUCCUCUCAGAUCCUAGCUACCUCUCUUCAGUGAAGCCUUAUUCCACUUCUUCUUAGUCCUAACCAUUCUUAUGAAUUACAUCAUCGAAUGAGUGAGUGAUCUGUCUUUAAAGCUAAUGGCUUUCUUCAUCCUCCGAUCUGGGUUUUGGUUUUAACUUCAUUACCCAAGUAGAAAAAUAAUCAAAAGACGAGAGAGCUUGUAAUUAGGGUUUAAAGGUUUCACCCUCUUCGUGGAAUCGUUGUAAAGGAAACAUGAUUCAGCUACUGUUUCUGGUUCUGUUCGUGGAAGGUGCGAUUACAUUCUUGCUGCUGAUAAAGAUUGGUCCUUUGAGGGAGCUUGUGAUUAAAAGCCUCGACCAGAUGAAGAUGGGGAAAGGUCCCGCCACCGUGAAAACCAUCGCCGGAACCAUGGCUGUUAUCCUCUUCUCCAAUCUAAUGAGCAUUGUCAAGAUCCAGAACAAAGGUGCCAAGCUCGGGACUAUGUCUCCCAUGGAUCAGGUUCUUUGGCGGACCCACUUGCUUGAAGCUUCUCUAAUGGGAGUGGUACUUUUUCUUGGCUUCGUGAUAGACAGAAUGCACCACUACAUGAGAAAGCUAAUCAAUAUAAGAUGCAACGUCGGGUCAUCGAAAGAAGAACUUGAACAGCUACGGAAAGAGAGAACCGAACUGAAGGAGAAAGAGGAGAAGGCGUCCAAGGAAAUCAAGCAGCUUCAAGAGAAAGUGUCAAGUAUGUCAGAGAGGCUGAAGAAAGCGGAGACGGAGUCCAAAGAGAAAGAAAAGAAGGUGGAGGCAGCUGAGACACAUGUGACGGAUCUCCAAAAACAGUCCGCAGAGCUGCUUCUUGAGUACGAUAGGUUGCUAGAAGAUAACGAGAAGCUCCAGAGUCAGAUUUUGGGGAACACGAAGAGCUAAUGUUUGUCAUUUUUACCGAGGUUGUUGUUCUUUUAAGAGUAUUUGUUAACAAUGGUGAUUGAGAAGAGAGUUUUGCAGUUGAGUGUUGAAUGUCUGAUUGCUGCAAAGAUGAAUUUUAGAUUUUAAUUACAGAUGAGAGAUGAUGUUAAUGUUAUUUUAUCAGUUUUAAAGUU